GUCAUGACGUUUAGCUCUUUCCACCACCAAAAAAUACAUGUGUUAGAUUUCGGUGAAUUCUCUUGACUACCAUGCCCGAGGCUGCAGAUUCUGACAAAAGCCCCGCGCUAUCUCUUCGUAGCUGCCAUCGAUGCAACCAAAAGAAAAUCCGAUGUAACAAGGCCCAGCCAUGCGAAGGUUGCGUGAAAACAAGCUCGGAGUGCGUCUAUCCAGGACCAGGCCGUGCUCCGCGGCGCAAAAAGCGAGCCCUAAAAGCUGAGCUCGUGUCUCGCGUGAAAAACUUGGAGCAAGAGCUCCGACUCCUGGCCAAGGGAGGCGAGACGACUUCCGAAGACGCGCCUCCGCCAUGCCCCUCGGAUCAUGAAGCGCAGGGUGCUGAAGACCACCGAGGUGAAGGAUCCAAGCAUGGAAAGCUGUUCGUGAAAGGGAGCUCAACGCAGUACUUCACCCAUGAGGUUCUCGUUAAUCUUGUAAGCCAAGUCGAGGAGCUGAAAGAUCUCAUGGGUCCUCCCGGAAACGAUGUUUCGGAGUAUGAAGAGAGCCUGUAUGGUGAUGAUGGCUUUUCGCAAAAGGGAACCCAAUUUUUGUUCGGUUUCUCCUGCAUGGCAGCCUCCCUCGAGGCCUUCCACCCCAGCAUGACACACAGCCAGAUCCUGUGGAAAGCGUAUCAAGACAAUGUCGCUCCGGUGACAAUGAUAUUCCACCAGCCCACCCUCCUCAAAACAAUGUACAAAGCCGCUGCAAACAACAGCUAUGUCGACCAUGCCUCGGAGGCCGUGGUCUUCGCCGUCUACUUCGCUGCCGUGAACAGUCUAGACACAGAAGAGUGCGCAGAGAUGUUGGCUCAGGACCAGUCGUCCCUCCGCGAAUAUUACAAAUUUGCAACGCAGCAAGCGCUGGCUCGCGCCGGCUUUCUUCAAUCGCGCAGCUUGACCGUGCUUCAAGCUGCCGUUCUAUUCCUCACUUGUCUUCGCGGUCCGGGAGACGCAUACUUCGUAUGGACUAUGACCGGUGCUAUACAUCGAAUGGCUCAAGGGUUAGGUCUACAUCGCGACGGAACGCCUUUUGGACUGAGUCCCUUUGACACCGAGAUGCGUCGACGACUAUGGUGGUCUAUCUACCUGUUAGACUCUCGAUCGUCUGAGUUCCACGCCACCGACACGCAAAUCACUGAGGAUCAUUACGAUACAAAAAUACCUCUAAAUAUCAACGAUUCUGAUAUAUCGCCAGAGUCUAAUCAGGUUCCAGAGUCCCACGUCGGCUUUACAGAAAUGACCUUCUGCUUGACUCGAAUCGAAAUGACCAUCCGGUAUCGGCGCUCUGUUCUAAAUUCCCAGGGCGAUGGCAACAGCAGCAGCAGCGACAAGCUGCGUCUCCUAGACGAACGUCUUCAUGGUUUAGAACAAAUUCACGGUUAUCUAAGGCAACGUUACCUUAAGUUCUGCGACGUAACAGUCCCCCUGCAGUGGGCGACAGCAACUAUCAUACGACUAGCACUCGCUCGAUCCUGGCUAACAGCCCACAUCUCCCAGCGGACGGGGACAGAGCAGAUACCGUCCCUUGAGACCAUGCCAGAUGAUCCCAAAAGAGAUCAGCUCUUUCUGACUGCGAUUGAAGUAGUUGAAUUUGCCCAUCUGUUGGAGACAGAUUCGCGGACGAGCAAAUGGUCUUGGUUGUUUGAGGGCUACCCGCAAUGGCAAGCCGCUGCGGUGGUGCUCAUGGAACUCUGUGUUCGACCGCAGGCCGCAGGGACUCAGCGGGCCUGGGUCGUGGUCGAAAAGGCCGUUACCAGCUGGGUCGUUAAAGAUUAUCAAGAGGGCAGUAUUACUAUGAAAACGGUUUCAUGUCUGAUGGAACGAGCAGCUGCAGUACAUGGUUAUAAUUGGAGUAUAUCAGAGAUUAAUGCUGCUUAG